CCUCGCUCAGGUCACUGGGGGGUGGCAGCAGAAGAUGACCCAGUGCCGUGCGGGACCCCCGUGCACCGGCGCGUGGUGGGGGGCUCGGGGGCGCAGGAGGGGCAGUGGCCAUGGACGGUCAGCGUGGCCUUCAGGGGGCGCCACGUCUGCGGGGGGGCCCUGAUCGCCCCCGCCUGGGUGCUGACGGCCGCCCACUGCUUCCCGCCGGAGAACCCCCUCCCCGAGUACCGGGUGACGCUGGGGGUCCUGCAGCUCCUGUCCCCCCCCCCCGACGCCCAGGUGAGGGGCGUGGCCUCCGUCGCGCGUCACCCGGCCUAUCGCGACUAUCACGACAGCGGGCGGCGGCGGCGGGAUGAUGACGUCACGGGGGGUGACGUCAGCGGGGGCGUGGACAUGGCGGGGGAUCUGGCGCUGGCCCGGCUGGACCCCCCCGCCAGCCCCUCGCGCUUGGUACGGCCCGUGUGCCUCCCUGCUGCUGGAGUGACCUUUGACCCCGGCAUGAACUGCACCGUCACCGGCUGGGGACACGUCCGGACGGCCGUGCCGCUGCCACCGCCCAAGACGCUGCAGCAGCUGGAGGUGCCGCUGCUGAGCCGGCGCCAUUGCCGCUGCCUGUACGCGCUGGGGACAGUGACAGGGACAGGGGACACAGGGACAGGGACAGGGACAGGGACAAUGACAGGGGACACAGGGACAGAGCUGGGGACACCGGCGGGGGACACGCUGUGCGCCGGCCUGCCCCAGGGACAGCGCGACGCCUGCCAG